AGUGUGCGUGAAAGAUAUGCUGGAAAGAUGGCAGGGAAUCGCGUUGCCUGAAACGACCUUCUUUCGUAUCCUGUUGGCGGGCAGAUUUUUCCCCGAGGGAGAGUGCCACUUUUACAAAUUCCUCGCGGUUUCUUGCGGGUUCCUGGGCAAGAGCCUGUUCGAAACGAUGAUAUACGUGUGCGAAUUGCUGACGGAGGAGCCGGAAGGCGGAUCCGCGAUGAUACCUCUACCGACGUUCAUCUGUCUGUACGAAUUUCUGGCGAAGCUCGAUUGCAGCGGCGCAUGUCCCUGCGUGAUAACUGAAGAAGACGCGAAGGAGCUUUUUCGUCCCAGCGGACUGACCAGCAGCGAGGAGUCCAGCACGCUCGACUCCAGAUUAUACUUGGUACCGUCCGAGGUGGAAGAGGAAGAAGAGGCUGCAGCGGUGGAUGUUUGCGCGUUCACUUCCAGCGAAAGCCGAUCGACCGAUAGCAUACGAGUUUUGGAAGAUCAGGGUACCGAAGAGAGGCGGUCCGAGGCGAUAGCUGACGAAGUUCACAAGCCCACACCCUCGCAGAGGGAUGUGAGCGAUGUCCAGUCCUCGGAACAAAUACAAAAGGACGAACAGAAGAUCGAGGAACACGACUCGGAUCAGCUGUCACCCGACCACCGAUCUACCAUCCCAGAUUUUGAUUUCCUCGACGCCGAUUCGAACGAUUUCGACAAGGAUUCAUACAUGUAUUACGGCGGUGAAGAAAGCGAGAAGGAGAUGGUGGCUUACGAGGAAAUCGAUGACUACCAGCCCAUCGGGCUUGAAAGCAUCCUUCAAGGUAUUUGCGAGUGUCUGGAGCCGGUUCGCGAAUCGGAAAGCGUCUCGACGCCUCCGCCGCCAGACCCUUUCGAGGAGUUUUUGAAGAGAAUGAAACAGGAAGUAGAGGAAGGACGUCUGGAUACGCGGUUUCAAGUGCUCGGAAUUGGUCCACCGGUCUCGGCAAAUCGCAUUACAGCCGUGGCGCUGUGGCUGGCAGAUUGCGCUCGUCGUCAGGACGGUCUAGUUGGCCCACGAAAUAUCAGACACUUCCUUUGUCCGGAACUCGAAGAUCGUAUCAACGAUGCCUAUGCGGAUUGAAUACAUAAGAUAUCACCCAAUCCUCGCGAUUCUAUAUUAUACUACUCUCAAUACAACUCACACGAUAUUCCAAAUAAACCGUAUCCAUCAUUGUAGUAGCAUAAUCGAUUUUCUUAUUGGAGGGAAUGUGACGUAGAGAGACACGUGUUGCUAAGAUCUAUUUACCCGUCAGAAGUUUCACUUUUACUCAUCUUGAAAGAUUCUCAUACUACUUUGGAAUCUUUACGUUGAAACUUGCCACGUACACGACGACGGUUGCAAACUUUUGACCGGUGCGUGUGCGAAUCGUGCACGACCAC